UUUAUUAUUUUUAUUCUUUUAAUAUUAUUUAUUGUUAAAUAAAUUAAUUGAUAAAUGUUAUUUCAUUAUGGCACAAUAACACAUUUUCUCUAUAUCGUCCAGGGCCCCUAAUUUCUCAGAGACGGCCCUGAUUGAACUAUGAAAGUGUUAGCAUCUACUCCCUCCGUCCCAGUGACUUUUGGGCAUAUGACAAAAAAAAAGCAAACAGACAAUUUAAAAAAGGGCGGAGAGUAUGCAAUUUGGGAUACAACCCGGUGUCAAGCAGCUUUAUUCAAAUUUUAAAGAGACCGAAGGAGUUUAUCAUGGUUCUUCAGCAUAAGCCCAUAACCAACGAACAAAGCACUAUUCCAUGUCUGCAUCUUUGACUUCAUCAUUUUACUGUUGAGGCGUCGGUGGGUUUUCUCGGGGCUCCGGUAGCCGGAGUGUUUUUAGCCAUACGCACUUCGAAUACACAUCGCUUGUAAGGGAAACAAAUGGCGGGUUUUCGUGUCAUCCCUAUAGCAACUCUCGUCUUUGCCCUCUUCAUUGCUUCCGCCUUCGCUGAGAUCAGAUCCACCAAGAUCCGAUCUGAUGCCCGAUCUGCCAUCCCUUUCGACGAAUUCGGGUUCACACACUCCGGCCGUCUCAACCUCUCCGUCAGCGACAUCUCCUUCUCCGUACGGAAGGGACAACCCGAUCCGCCCCUUUCGCAGCUGGGGUUCUUCCUCUGCACCCUUGAUGCUUGGAUGCAUGUCCUCGAGCAGCUCCAAGGUGGGGAGAUUCCUUGCACCCUCGAUUCAGAUCUUAUCAAGAAGGUCUUCACUUUCGACCAAAUCAAACCCUCUGCACAUGAGUUCAGCACAUCCCUCAAGGUGUCCGAGGCGAACCAGUUCACACUGGUGUUUGCAAAUUGUGUCCCAGAUGUGGAAAUUUCCAUGAGCGUUUACUCAGUCAUGUAUAAUCUCAACCCAAAAACGGGUCAGCUUGAUUAUCUCUCCGCAGGCAAGGCAGCUCUACCAACUAUCUAUUUCAUGUUUUUCGUGGUCUAUUUGGCACUGGCCAUAUUCUGGGUUUAUGCACUUUACCAGAAACGCUUAUCUGUCUAUAAGAUCCAUUUCUUUAUGCUUGCCGUUGUGAUUAUGAAGGCCCUCAACUUAGUUUGUGAGACUGAGGACAAAUCAUACAUUAAGCGGACCGGAACUGCCCAUGGGUGGGACGUGUUGUUUUACUUUUUUAGUUUCUUGAAGGGGAUAUCACUGUUCACUUUGAUUGUUCUGAUUGGGACUGGUUGGUCAUUCUUGAAGCCUUACCUGCAAGAUAAGGAGAAGAAGGUGCUGAUUGUAGUCAUCCCCUUGCAAGUCAUUGCUAAUGUUGCUCAGGUUGUGGUUGAUGAGACGGGACCGUUUGGGGAGAGUUCUUAUACAUGGAAGCAAGUUUUCUUGCUUGUCGACAUCAUCUGUUGUUGUGCCGUACUGUUCCCUAUUGUGUGGUCAAUUAAGAACCUGCGCGAGGCUGCCAAGACAGAUGGGAAAGCCGCAGUGAAUUUGAUGAAGUUGACGUUGUUUAGGCAGUACUAUAUAAUUGUUAUAUGCUACAUUUACUUUACCAGGGUUGUAGUUUAUGCUCUGGAGACUAUAACAUCAUACAAAUAUCUGUGGACUAGUGUUGUUGCUGCUGAGUUGGCUACACUUGCAUUCUAUGUGUUUACUGGAUACAACUUUAGGCCGAAGACUCACAACCCUUAUUUUGCUAUUGAUGAUGAUGAGGAGGAAGCUGCUGCCGAGGCACUCAAGCUUGAGGAUGAAUUUGAAUUGUGAGUAUUUUUGGGGGGAAAUGUGAAGUUAGAGAUAUGUCAUGGUUUGUCAAUUGCAUUUUAGUUUCUUUAUGCAUAGUGAAAUCGCCUGUACUUUGAUCAACAUACAAACUCCUAAGAUAAUUGUGUUGUUUCUGUCUUUUAUGGAAAUCUCAUUGUUGAAAAUCAUGUCUUUGUUACUUGGAAUUUUAUAGUUUACACGGGUGUUACAUGACAAUGCCUACAUUUG